CUUCUACCUCCCAUCACUUCUCCUUUAGUCAGUUCGAGUCCGAAACCAUUAGUUGAGAGAUGGGCUUCUCCAAUCCGGAAAAAACUAUAGCUUCUGCUCUGCUUUUCUUCUACCUCGUAUCACUUCUCCUGUAAUCUGUUUCAGUCCGAAACCACUUUGCAGCUUUUUCUUCUCCAAAUACUUUCAAGAAUGUUCACUGCCACCGCAUCUGCUUCAGCCGUCCUCCAUUAAAAUUCCCCAUCUCUUCAUCUCACUUUUCUACACUUUUCUAAAUCUACCCACUUCCAAAAAACCAAGAAGGAUGGAAAUCAAGAAGAAUUUCUAUCCUGAAUCUUUGAACAACUUCUUGAACUUCAACCGUAAUUCCCUUGUUUCUACCGUUCCGCUCACGCAAAACGCCGGUAAAGACCAAACAACACCCAAGGUGAAACUCCUCUGCAGUUUCGGCGGCAAGUUUAUGCCCCAACGUAGUAACGGAAAUAAAUGUUACGUUGGCGGAGAAUCACGUAUUAUUGCCAUCCGUCGUGAUACCACCAUUCACGAUUUUUAUUGCAAGAUGCAGGAUAUAUAUGACGGUCAUGUUCGCAUCUGCUACCAACUUCCUAAUGAAAGCCUCGACACUCUUGUCUCUGUUUACUCUAUUGACGAUUUUGAGAAUAUGAUGGAGGAGAUAGACUAUCUCUCAAAAGCUUCAAAAUAUGGAUGUACUAAGCUUUGGUUAUUUCUCUUCUCCCCAUACGAUCUAGAGGAUGUUUCAGGUAGAUUCAAUAGCGCAGUUUAUAAUGAUUGCGAGCUGAGUUAUAUUGACGCAACCAAUAAAGCAUUCGCUUCUGAGGCAAAUGUCAAUGGGAGGAAUUUGAAAGUCGGUACUAUACAUGCCACCUCCACUGUAAGCUUAAAUGCGAGAGGUGAAGAAUUCAUCAAUGAAGGGAAUGAUGAUAUUUCAGCGUUGGAGCAACAGAAAUUUCCAGCCUAUUCCAAUGUUGUUGACGCGAGAAAUGUGGGCAACCAACUUGGAAAGGUGAAACUCCUCUGUAGCUUUGGCGGAAAGUUUAUGCCCCAACGUAGUGAAGAAAAUCUACGUUAUGUUGGCGGACAAUCACGUAUUAUUGCCAUCCGUCGUGAUAUCACCAUUCACGAUUUUUAUUGCAAGUUGCAGGAUAUCUAUGGCGGUCCUGUUCAUAUCUGCUACCAACUUCCUGAUGAAAGCCUCAACACUCUUGUCUCGGUUGACUCUAUUGAGGAUUUUAAUAAUAUGAUGGAGGAGAUAGACAAUUUCUCAAAAGCCUCAAAAUGUGGAUGUACUAAGCUUUGGUUAUUUCUCUUCUCCCCAUUCAAUUUAGAGGAUCUUUCACAUAAAACUAUACAUGCCACCUCCACUAUAAACUUAAACGCGAGAGGUGAAGAAUUCUUCGAUGAUGUUGGCACGAGAAAUGUGGGCAACCGGCUUGACAAAGAUAUUAGAAGGCAUCUGAUGCAUCAACAACAACCGCAUGGUUACAGAACAUAUGAUUCAAGUUUACAAAGGCUUCGGUCUCAGCUUUCAAGCAUAUUCAACAACAACCCCAUGAAUAAUAUAAACUAGUAUUUAUGAUCUAGUUGAGUGAAAAAUAAAGUUAAUUCUU